UUGUCUGUGGUAAUAACCUAAAAAAAUUAAUUCUAGGCUUAGAAAAAAAUAAAUACAACACAAUAAAUUUUGAAUUUUCGGGCUAUGAACAUACUUAAAGCAAUAGUUUUGUUUUAAGUGAAAUGUGAAUUGUAUAAACUGAAUAUUAUAGGUAUUUUGGUUACAAUUAUGUUAUCUUACGAGAAUAAGGUUAUUCUGGCACCUAUGGUGCGUAUAGGGACGUUACCUAUGCGGCUUUUAGCUCUUCGCUACGGUGCAGAUAUAGUGUAUUCCGAAGAACUGAUAGACUGGAAAUUUCUACGUUCUAAACGCAGGUAUAACGAUAUUUUGAAUACAGUUGACUUUGUGGAUCAAACAGAUGGUACAAUAGUUUUUAGAACCUGUCUAGAGGAAAAAGAAAAAGUAGUCUUGCAGCUUGGCACUUGUAAUGCUGAAAGAGCUUUAAAAGUAGCAAAACUUCUGGAAAAUGAUGUUGCUGCAAUUGAUAUUAAUAUGGGAUGCCCCAAAGAAUUUUCUAUUAAAGGUGGAAUGGGUGUAGCACUUUUAAAAGAUACUGAAAAAGCUUGCACUAUUUUAAAAACUCUGGUCGACAAUCUUUCUAUACCUGUAACUUGUAAAAUAAGAAUAUUUGAAACACCAGAAAAAACUUUAGAAGUUGUUAAUAAGCUUGUGAACACUGGAAUACAUGCGAUAGCUAUUCACGGUAGAACAAAGGAUGAAAGACCACAACAUGCAGUGCACACUGAUAUUAUACAAUAUGUUGCAGAAAGGAUAUCAAUACCAGUCAUAGCCAAUGGUGGUUCUAAAGAAAUAGAAAAGUAUACAGAUAUAUUUAAAUUUAAAGAAAUGACAGGUUGUACCAGCGUAAUGCUUGCAAGGGCAGCUGAGUGGAACUGUUCAAUAUUCAGAAAAGAUGGAAUGUUACCUAUGGACACAGUUAUAACAGAAUACCUAAAACUUGCAGUUGACUAUGACAAUUCACCAUCAAACUCAAAGUAUUGUAUUCAAAAUAUUUUGAGAGACUUACAAGAAACCCCAAGAGGAAGAAAAUUUCUUGAAUGUCAAACAUUAGAACAGAUAUGUGCUAUAUGGGAUUUGGAUGAGUAUUGUGUUGAAAAACAAAGUGAGUAUCAAAAAAAGGGUAUUAAAGGAAGGUGGCAAGUAAGCCCUGAUGAGUUAGAGCCUCCAAACAAAAGAAUUAAAGGUGAAGAAGUAAAUUUCGAAGGAGUAAUCAAAUUGAAGGUAUGCUUUAUUAGAGCUAAUUUUAAUGAUAUUGAUUUGCCAAAAAGUCAGUUACAUAAAUGGGCUGGGAAGAAUGGUUUUAAACUACCAACUUACCAAACACAUCAAGUGGAAAAGUUAUUUUGUUCAAUACUUUCAUUCAAUGGCCAGAAGUACACUUCAACAUUUUGGGAGAAAAAUAAAAAAUUUGCAGAGCAAGGAGCUGCAUUGGUUGCAUUAUUUCAUUUAAAAGUCAUUAGUGAAGAAGAUUUGAUUAAAUAUGGAAGCAUAAUUAAAUAAAAAAACUGUUCUAAUAA